CAAGAAGACCACAAACGCGAAGUGGAGCGACUGCUGACCAAACUAUCCGAGACGGAGGCUCGUUUAGACAGCUUGCAAAGGGAACAAGCUUCCUCCUCGUCACCAGGCUCRCGCUCACCUCCUCAUCCGCUGAACUUAACGAGGGACAAGAGACURGAAGAAAGGCAGUCAGGAGAGGUUGAUGGUAUGGAUCAAAAUGAGUUGGAAGUCAUUGACGCUCAGUCGCAGUCUGGUUCACUGCCUUCGUCCCCCACUUUACCCACAGCAGCAACGGUACUGGAGAAAGUGUUAUCACCGACAAUGUCGACUUCCUAUGAAUGUGAGUAAAGUAAAUGUACGAUUUUGAUGAACGAACGAAUUAACAAUUGUGUGAAUCAUGGGCCGGGCUAAACUAAGUCUACUUCAUCACUCACUGCUUGUAUUCUCAAUAUUUCUCUGUUGAACCACCUGAGAAAGAAUUUCAGUUCGAUUACAGCGCGUUAAAAAAUUGUAGCUUGGACAAUGUUAAUUCUUUGUUUAGUCACCUUGAAUAUGUGUUGCGCACAACAAAGUAUUGUACUAGAUAUAUCCUAAUUUAGUCAUGUCGUUCCAAAGACAGCCUAAAA